AUGAUUUCUCCUCCUCCGAUUGGUUCCCGCCAUGCCAGGCCUAUUGUUAUUGGUGGAAAAGCGACAUCAGUCAAAACGCCUCAAGGUACAGUAUCCUAGCAACGAGCCGCACUGUAUCAACAAGACUGGUCCUGACAGGAUAAACCAGUGACGUCACACAGAUUACCCAAUAACCUCAGAUCACCUGAAAUAUUGUUACAAUGUAUCCAGCAAAUUCUGCCCAAUAAUAAUAAUAAUAUAUAAUAUGAUAUAAUGUUACAAUGUAUCCAGCAAGUUCUGCCCUAUAAUAAUAAUAAUAAUAAUAUAUAAUAAUAAUAUAAUAUAAUGUUACAAUGUAUCCAGCAAGUUCUGCCCAAUAAUAAUAAUAAUAAUAAUAAUAAUAAUAUAUAAUGUUAAAAUGUAUCCAGCAAGUUCUGCCCUAUACUAAUAAUAAUAAUAAUAAUAAUAAUAAUAAUAAUAUAUAAUGUUACAAUGUAUCCAGCAAGUUCUGCCCAAUAAUAAUAAUAAUAAUAAUAAUAUAUAAUGUUACAAUGUAUCCAGCAAGUUCUGCCCAAUAAUAAUAAUAAUAAUAAUAAUAAUAUAUAAUGUUACAAUGUAUCCAGCAAGUUCUGCCCAAUAAUAAUAAUAAUAAUAAUAAUAUAUAAUGUUACAAUGUAUCCAGCAAGUUCUGCCCUAUAAUAAUAAUAAUAAUAAUAAUAAUAAUAAUAUAUAAUGUUACAAUGUAUCCAGCAAGUUCUGCCCAAUAAUAAUAAUAAUAAUAAUAAUAAUAAUAAUAAUAAUAAUAAUAUAUAAUGUUACAAUGUAUCCAGAAACUUCUGCCCUAUAAUAAUAAUGUUACAAUGUAUCCAGCAAGUUCUGCCCUAUAAUAAUAAUAAUAUAUAAUGUUACAAUGUAUCCCGCAGGUUCUGCCCUAUAAUAAUAAUAAUAAUAAUAAUAUAUAAUAUUAUAUAAUGUUACAAUGUAUCCAGCAAGUUCUGCCCAAUAAUAAUAAUAAUAAUAUAUAAUAAUAUAUAAUGUUAAAAUGUAUCCAGCAAGUUCUGCCCUAUACUAAUAAUAAUAAUAAUAAUAAUAAUAUAAUGUAAUGUUACAAUGUAUCCAGCAAGUUCUGCCCAAUAAUAAUAAUAAUAAUAAUAAUAAUAUAUAAUAAUAUAUAAUGUUAAAAUGUAUCCAGCAAGUUCUGCCCUAUACUAAUAAUAAUAAUAAUAAUAAUAAUAAUAUAAUAUAAUGUUACAAUGUAUCCAACAAGUUCUGCCCUAAUAAUAAUAAUAAUAAUAAUAUAUAAUAAUAUAUAAUGUUAAAAUGUAUCCAGCAAGUUCUGCCCUAUACUAAUAAUAAUAAUAAUAAUAAUAAUAAUAUAAUAUAAUGUUACAAUGUAUCCAGCAAGUUCUGCCCUAUAAUAAUAAUAAUAAUAAUAAUAUAUAAUAAUAAUAUAAUAUAAUGUUACAAUGUAUCCAGCAAGUUCUGCCCAAUAAUAAUAAUAAUAAUAAUAAUAAUAAUAAUAAUAAUAAUAAUAAUAAUAUAUAAUGUUAAAAUGUAUCCAGCAAGUUCUGCCCUAUACUAAUAAUAAUAAUAAUAAUAAUAUAAUAUAAUGUUACAAUGUAUCCAGCAAGUUCUGCCCUAUAAUAAUAAUAAUAAUAAUAAUAAUAAUAAUAUAUAAUGUUACAAUGUAUCCAGCAAGUUCUGCCCAAUAAUAAUAAUAAUAAUAAUAAUAAUAAUAAUAAUAAUAAUAAUAUAUAAUGUUACAAUGUAUCCAGAAACUUCUGCCCUAUAAUAAUAAUGUUACAAUGUAUCCAGCAAGUUCUGCCCUAUAAUAAUAAUAAUAUAUAAUGUUACAAUGUAUCCCGCAGGUUCUGCCCUAUAAUAAUAAUAAUAAUAAUAAUAUAUAAUAUUAUAUAAUGUUACAAUGUAUCCAGCAAGUUCUGCCCAAUAAUAAUAAUAAUAAUAUAUAAUAAUAUAUAAUGUUAAAAUGUAUCCAGCAAGUUCUGCCCUAUACUAAUAAUAAUAAUAAUAAUAAUAAUAUAAUGUAAUGUUACAAUGUAUCCAGCAAGUUCUGCCCAAUAAUAAUAAUAAUAAUAAUAAUAAUAUAUAAUAAUAUAUAAUGUUAAAAUGUAUCCAGCAAGUUCUGCCCUAUACUAAUAAUAAUAAUAAUAAUAAUAAUAAUAUAAUAUAAUGUUACAAUGUAUCCAACAAGUUCUGCCCAAUAAUAAUAAUAAUAAUAAUAUAUAAUAAUAUAUAAUGUUAAAAUGUAUCCAGCAAGUUCUGCCCUAUACUAAUAAUAAUAAUAAUAAUAAUAAUAAUAAUAAUAAUAAUAAUAAUAAUAAUAUAAUAUAAUGUUACAAUGUAUCCAGCAAGUUCUGCCCUAUAAUAAUAAUAAUAAUAAUAAUAAUAAUAAUAUAUAAUGUUACAAUGUAUCCCGCAGGUUCUGCCCUAUAAUAAUAAUAAUAAUAAUAAUAUAUAAUAAUAUAUAAUGUUGCAAUGUAUCCAGCAAGUUCUGCCCUAUAAUAAUAAUAAUAAUAAUAAUAAUAAUAAUAAUAAUAAUAAUAAUAUAUAAUGUUGCAAUGUAUCCAGCAAGUUCUGCCCUAUACUAAUAAUAAUAAUAAUAAUAAUAAUAAUAUAAUAUAAUGUUACAAUGUAUCCAACAAGUUCUGCCCAAUAAUAAUAAUAAUAAUAAUAAUAAUAAUAAUAAUAUGUAAUGUAACAAUGUAUCCAGCAAAUUCUGCCCUAUAAUAAUAAUAAUAUAUAAUGUUACAAUGUAUCCCGCAGGUUCUGCCCUAUAAUAAUAAUAAUAAUAAUAAUAAUAUAUAAUAUUAUAUAAUGUUACAAUGUAUCCAGCAAGUUCUGCCCAAUACUACUAAUAAUAAUAAUAAUAAUAAUAUAUAAUGUUACAAUGUAUCCAGCAAGUUCUGCCCAAUAAUAAUAAUAAUAAUAAUAAUAAUAAUAUAUAAUGUUGCAAUGUAUCCAGCAAGUUCUGCCCUAUAAUAAUAAUAAUAAUGUUACAAUGUAUCCAACAAGUUCUGCCCAAUAAUAAUAAUAAUAAUAAUAAUAAUAAUAAUAAUAAUAAUGUUACAAUGUAUCCAGCAAGUUCUGCCCAAUAAUAAUAAUAAUAAUAAUAAUAAUAAUAAUAAUAAUGUUACAAUGUAUCCAACAAGUUCUGCCCAAUAAUAAUAAUAAUAAUAAUAAUAAUAAUAAUAAUAUAUAAUGUUACAAUGUAUCCAGCAAGUUCUGCCCUAUAAUAAUAAUAAUAAAAAUAAUAUAUAAUGUUACAAUGUAUCCAGAAACUUCUGCCCUAUAAUAAUAAUGUUACAAUGUAUCCAGCAAGUUUUGCCCUAUAAUAAUAAUAAUAAUAAUAAUAUGUAAUGUAACAAUGUAUCCAGCAAAUUCUGCCCUAUAAUAAUAAUAAUAUAUAAUGUUACAAUGUAUCCCGCAGGUUCUGCCCUAUAAUAAUAAUGUUACAAUGUAUCCACAAAGUUCUGCCCUAUAAUAAUAAUAAUAUUAAUAAUAAUAAUAAUAUAUAUAAUGUUACAAUGAAUCCAGCAAGUUCUGCCAUGUUAUAAUUGUAGCAGAGCCCAUCUGGCUGUCCAUCACAUUCCCUUGAAACAGCCCGCCGUUCGGCUAAGUGAAUCGAACAAGGGGAUUCAUACAAAUGCCAGCACUCUCAUGGAUGCCAAGGAUUUUCGGGACCUUUAACUGGUGAACGAGGACCGACCGCAAGGCCAAAUUGUAUGGAACUGAUUUCGGCUACUGCUUCAUGUGCGGUCGGUCAAAAGAACACUUCCACCUAACUCCCGAACUAUGGGUCCGAUCUGGGUGAUUUUUGAAUAUGUUGUUCACCCAGAUCAGGGGUGAAUCUGUUAUAUUUGGGGUACAUCCAAAAAUAGGGGAAAACUAUGUACUGUGUAGUUGAAUUAUCUGUUAAGCUAAGGGGAGGAGAUGUGUGGGUUGUACCUUAUACUUGAUUGGUUACUGUAAUAAUUACUGUGGGUGUCUCCCUUGCAGGGGAGAGAUGCAUAAAAGCAGGGUAUGUGGAAUAAAAGAUGAGUUCUGCUCCUGAUACUGUCGUCCAAUCAUUGGGAAAAGGUAAUGUGAUAUUAUUGGAUUAUUUUACUGACUGUGGAUCUUAUUCUCUUGGAUUUAUUACUUGUUCCUGAGCCAUACUUGGAUUAGCAGCAGAAAUAGUCUGUGGGAAAUCAGCACUACGCUACAAUAAUAAUAUAAUAUAUUGUUACAAUGUAUCCAGCAAGUCCUGUCACUAAAUAAUAAUAAUAAUAAUAAUAAUAAUAUAUAUAAUGUUUCAAUGUAUCCAGCAAGUUCUGUCAUUAAAUAAUAAAUAAAAUAUUGUUACAAUGUAUCCAGCAAGUUCUGUCAUUAAAUAAUAAAUAAUAAUAAUUGUAGCGGAGAGCUGAUAUCCCACAGACUAAAUCCACUAUAGAUCCCAGUAUGGCUCAGGAACAAGUAAAUAAUUUCAGGUAAAACAUCCACAGUGACAGAGUAAUCCAGCAGCAUAGCAAACACAAUCAGUAAUAUAAUCCAGCAAUAUCCCAUCACCUUUCCCAAUAACUGGACGACACACAGUAUCAGGAGCAGAACUGAUCUUUAAUCACACAACCCCUGCUUUUAUGCAAUCCUCCCAUGCAAUGGAGACACCCACAAUAAUCAGUACAGUAACCAAUUCGGUAUAAGAUACAACCCACACAUCUCCUCCCCUCAGAUUAUUAGUUAACAUAAUUAAAAGGUCCACAGUUUUCCCCAUAUUCUGGAUGUACCCCAAAUACCUAGGGUACACCCCUAAAAAUCCCCUGAUAGCCCUGAUCUGGGUGAAUAACAUGCUCAAAAAUCACCCAGAUUGGAUCAGGGGUUCGGGAGUUAUGGAGGGAUAAAGUUUUGACCAACCGCACAGGCAACAGUAGCCGAAAACAGUUCUAUAAGUUUUGGCCUUGCAGUCGGUCUCAGUUCGUGCUGUAAAAGUCCUGAACUAAAUACCAUCCAGAGCUGGGCAGGCAUUCGGAUGAAUUCCCGUGUUCGUGGGAUUCAUCCUACUGAACAGUGGGCUGUUCAGGAGUUUCUAUCAGUCUUUUCUGUAGCUCUGGAGGACUCAGCUGUGUUUGUUUAGUCGAGUGUCCGAUUUGGGUUCCAGACACUCGACAAUCAAACACCACGUUAUAAAGGAUCCUUUAACCCCUUAAGGACUGAGCCAAAUGUACACGUUGUGAACGAAACAAAAUGUAAACAAAACCUGGCAUUUGCGCUACAUGUCUGUCCAACCGUAAUUCACCUCUUUCAUAGUAAAUGCACCCACCCUUAUUAUAUAUCAUUUUAUUCAGGGGAAACAGGGCUUUCAUUUAAUAUCAAAUAUUUAGCUAUGAAACAUAAUUUAAUAUGAAAAAAUGGGAGAAAAUAAGAUUUGUUUAAUUUUUUUAGUUCUACAUGACAUUUUAACUGUCAAUGUCAUAAUACUGUUUGCUUUUACUGCAAUAAAAUACACAUAUUUGUAUUCAGCAAAGUCUCACGUGUAAAACAGUACCCCUAUGUACAGGUUUUAUGGCGUUUUGGGAAGUUACAGGGUCAAAUAUAGCACAUUACAUUUGAAAUUGAAAUUCGCCAGAUUGGUUAUGUUGCCUUUGGGACUUUAUAGUAGCCAGGAAUGAAAUUUACACCCAUAAUGGCAUACCAUUUGCAAUAGUAGACAACCCAAGGUAUUGCAAAUGGGGUAUGUCCAGUCUUUUUAGUAGCCAUUUGGUCACAAACACUGGCCAAAGUUAGCAUUAGUAUUUGUUUGUGUGUGAAAAAUGCAAAAAACGCCAAUUUUGGCCAGUGUUUGUGACUAAGUGGCUACUAAAAAAGACUGGACAUACCCCGUUUGCAAUACCUUGGGUUGUCUACUAUUGCAAAUGGUAUGCCAUCAUAGGGGUAAUUUUCAUUCUCGGGCUACCAUAGGGUCUCAAAGGCACCGUAACCAAUCUGGCGAAUUUUAACGUGAAAAAAAUGAAACGCAAGCCUUAUAUAUGAUGCUGUAACUGAAAACACCAAAAAAACCUGUACAUGAGGGGUACUGUUAUACUCGGGAGACUUCGCUGAACACAAAUAUUUGUGUUUCAUAAGAGUAAAAAGUAUCACAGCAAUAAUAUCGUCCGUGUAAGUGCUGUUUGUGUGUGAAAAAUGCAAAAAACUUCACUUUGACUGGCGAUAUCAUCAUUGUAAUACAUUUUACUGUUUUGAAACACUAAUAUUUGUGUUCGGCGAAGUCUUCCGAGUAGAACAGUAACCCCCCAUGUACAGGUUUUAUGGUGUCUUGGAAAGUUAUAGGGUUAAAUAUAGUGCUAGCAAAUUAAAUUCCCUUUACUUUCGGCAUGGGUUGUCAGGCAGGUCCCACUAAUUGUAAUUAAUUAAGAUACCUAAUUAUGUAAAAAUAUUACAUAAAUAUAUAUGUAGAAUUAAUAUAUGUAUAUAUAUACACGUAUGUGAAUCUAUAUGUGAAUAUCUAUAUAAUUUUUUAAAAUAUUUUUAUUUAUAUAUAGGUAUAUAUAUAGUGAUAUAUACGUAUAUAUUUAUGUAUGUAGAUAUAUAUAUUAUUUCGUUCUAUGUGUAUUUUGAUAUAAAUGUAUAUAUAUUAAUAUCACAAUACAGUUAGAACGAAAUAACACACAUCUAUAUAUUUUUUAAUUAAUUUUAUUUAUUAAUUUUUAAUUUAAUUUUUUAACAUAUUUACAUAUUUAAUUUUUUUAUAUUAUAUAUAACAAUAAUUAUAUAUAUUUAAUCAGUAUCAGUCUACGUGUAAUUUGAUAUUUAUAUAUAUAUAUAUAUAUAUAUAAUUAUAUAUAUAUAUAUAUAUAUAUAUAUUAAUAGUAAAAUACACCUAGACAGUGUAUGUGUAUAUAUAUAUACUUAGAUCUAAGUAUAUAUAUUUAUUUUUACACUAAUAAAUUUAAUUUUAUUUUCAGCCAGCAGGGGGACCACCUGUCAUUACAGGCAGCCCCCCUGCUGGCAAUGCAGGAGGCAGCUACCCCCGGCCAUGUGAUUGUGGGGUCCUCGCAAGGACCCCACUCUCACAUGGCCGGGGGUCACCGGAGGAGAAGGAUCUACUGCGGGGGGGCUCCCUGGGACUCCCCCCCACCGCGAUCGCCGGCGUGGGACCACCGGCAACCGGGUAAGUAAACAAAAACCGGAGGACAUACAAUUACGCCCGGCGGUGUUUAGAGCCGCCUAAAAUAGGGCGUAAUUGUACGUCCUCCGGUCUAAAGGGGUUAAUAACCCGCAAUGCAGACACGCAGUGAGGCCGGGGAUCCUGCAAUCCGUUAUAAAGGAUCCUUUAAUAACCAGCGAUGCGGACGCGGGGCGAGGCCGGGGAUCCUGCAAUCCGUUAUAAAGGAUCCUUUAAUAACCCGCGAUGCGGACGCGGGGCGAGGCCGGGGAUCCUGCAAUCCGUUAUAAAGGAUCCUUUAAUAACCCGCGAUGCGGACGCGGGGCGAGGGAUCCUGCAAUCCGUUAUAAAGGAUCCUUUAAUAACCCGCGAUGCGGACGCGGGGCGAGGCCGGGGAUCCUGCAAUCCGUUAUAAAGGAUCCUUUAAUAACCCGCGAUGCGGACGCGGGGCGAGGCCGGGGAUCCUGCAAUCCGUUAUAAAGGAUCCGUUAUAAAGGAUCCUUUAAUAACCCGCGAUGCGGACGCGGGGCGAGGCCGGGGAUCCCGCAAUCCGUUAUAAAGGAUCCUUUAAUAACCCGCGAUGCGGACACUGGGCGAGGCCGGGGAUCCCGCAAUCAGUUAUAAAGGAUCCUUUACUAACCCGCGAUGCGGACGCGGGGCGAGGCCGGGGAUCCUGCAAUCCGUUAUAAAGGAUCCUUUAAUAACCCGCGAUGCGGACACGGGGCGAGGCCGGGGAUCCUGCAAUCCGUUAUAAAGGAUCCGUUAUAAAGGAUCCUUUAAUAACCCGCGAUGCGGACGCGGGGCGAGGCCGGGGAUCCUGCAAUCCGUUAUAAAGGAUCCUUUAAUAACCCGCGAUGCGGACACGGGGCGAGGCCGUGGAUUCUGCAAUCCGUUAUAAAGGAUCCGUUAUAAAGGAUCCUUUAAUAACCCGCGAUGCGGACGCGGGGCGAGGCCGGGGAUCCCGCAAUCCGUUAUAAAGGAUCCUUUAAUAACCCGCGAUGCGGACACUGGGCGAGGCCGGGGAUCCCGCAAUCAGUUAUAAAGGAUCCUUUACUAACCCGCGCGGACGCUGGGCGCAGGGCCGUAUUCCACCGCUUAUAAAGGACGGCGCAGCAACCGCUGGCGCGAUCCGGCAUUGACCCCGCUGGCGCGGACGCUAGGGCGCAGGCCGUGGGAUCCUGCAAUCCGCUAUAAAGACCGCGCACACCCGCUGGCGCGACGCUGGGCGCAGGCUGGGAUCCCCGCUAAAUCCGCUACAGAUCCUUUAAUAACCCGCGAUGCGGACGCGGCCGGGGAUCCUGCAAUCCGUUAUAAAGGAUCCUUUAAUAACCCGCGAUGCGAACACGGGGCGAGGCCGGGGAUCCCGCAAUCCGUUAUAAAGGAUCCUUUAAUAACCCGCGAUGUGGACGCGGGGCGAGGCCGGGGAUCCCGCAAUCCGUGAUAAAGGAUCCUUUAAUAACCGGCGAUGCGGACGCGGCGCGAGGCCGGGGAUCCCGCAAUCCGUUAUAAAGGAUCCGUUAAUAACCCGCGAUGCGGACGCGGGGCGAGGCCGGGGAUCCCGCAAUCCGCUAUAAAGGAUCCUUUAAUAACCCGCGAUGCGGACGCGGGGCGAAAAUGGAUCCCGCGCUAAAUCCGCUAUAGCGAUCCUUAAUACCCCGCUGGCGCGGACAUCGGGCGCAGGCCGGGAUCCCGCAAUCCGCUAUAUAAAGCGAUCUUUAAUAACUCGCUGGCGGGACGCGAGGCGAGGCCGGGGAUCCCGCAAUCCGUUAUAAAGGAUCCUUUAAUAACCCGCGAUGCGGACGCGGGACGAGGCCGGGGAUCCCGCAAUCCGUUAUAAAGGAUCCUUUAAUAACCCGCGCUGCGGACGCUGGGCGAGGCCGGGGAUCCCGCAAUCCGUUAUAAAGGAUCCUUUAAUAACCCGCGAUGCGGACGCGGGGCGAGGCCGGGAUCCCGCAAUCCGUUAUAAAGGAUCCUUUAAUAACCCGCGAUGCGGACGCGGGGCGAGGCCGGGGAUCCCGCAAUCCGUUAUAAAGGAUCCUUUAAUAACCCGCGAUGCGGACGCGGGGCGAGGCCGGGGAUCCCGCAAUCCGCUAUAAAGGAUCCUUUAAUAACCCGCGAUGCGGACGCGGGGCGAGGCCGGGGAUCCCGCAAUCCGUUAUAAAGGAUCCUUUAAUAACCGGCGAUGCGGACGCGGGGCGAGGCCGGGGAUCCCGCAAUCCGUUAUAAAGGAUCCGUUAAUAACCGGCGAUGCGGACGCGGGGCGAGGCCGGGGAUCCCGCAAUCCGUUAUAAAGGAUCCUUUAAUAACCCGCGAUGCGGACGCGGGGCGAGGCCGGGGAUCCCGCAAUCCGUUAUAAAGGAUCCGUUAAUAACCCGCGAUGCGGACGCGGGGCGAGGCCGGGGAUCCUGCAAUCCGUUAUAAAGGAUCCGUUAAUAACCCGCGAUGCGGACGCGGGGCGAGGCCGGGGAUCCGUGACUUGCAGUCUGGGCAGCAUUGCGGUCGCACGUAGUGACGUCAUCUGAGACGUACUGACGUCAAUCGGAAAUCAAUCCAGUUCCGGUGUGGAGAGGAAGUUAAUCCAGUUCCGGUGUGGAGCGGAAGUUAAUCCAUUUCCGGUGUGGAGCGGAAGUUAGUCCAGAUCCGGUGUGGAGCGGAAGUUAAUCCAUAUCCGGUGUGGAGCGGAAGUUAAUCCAUUUCCGGUGUGGAGCGGAAGUUAGUCCAGAUCCGGUUUGGAGCGGAAGUUUCUGUGUUGUUUGGGAGAUGAUGAGCAGCUCGGAGCCAGUCCCGGACCCCCAGCCGCAGGCACCCCCUGCCCAGCCCGGGACCGCCCCCGAGAACAAACCCAGCCCGGCCAACAUCCCCAAACCGGGGCCGGCGGGGGCCAGCGGAGCCGGGAUACCGGGGAGAGACCCGGGGGAGCGCAGGGCCAGCGGUGAGACAUACUGAGAGAGUCAGGGAGAGAGGGGCCAGCGGUGAGACAUACUGAGAGAGUCAGGGAGAGAGGGGCCAGCGGUGAGACAUACUGAGAGACCCUGGGAGUCAGGGAGAGAGGGGCCAGCGGUGAGACAUACUGAGAGACCCUGGGAGUCAGGGAGAGAGGGGCCAGCGGUGAGACAUACUGAGAGACCCUGGGAGUCAGGGAGAGAGGGGCCAGCGGUGAGACAUACUGAGAGACCCUGGGAGUCAGGGAGAGAGGGGCCAGCGGUGAGACAUACUGAGAGACCCUGGGAGUCAGGGAGAGAGGGGCCAGCGGUGAGACAUACUGAGAGACCCUGGGAGUCAGGGAGAGAGGGGCCAGCGGUGAGAUAUACUGAGAGACCCUGGGAGUCAGGGAGAGAGGGGCCAGCGGUGAGACAUACUGAGAGACCCUGGGAGUCAGGGAGAGAGGGGCCAGCAGUGAGAUAUACUGAGAGACCCUGGGAGUCAGGGAGAGAGGGGCCAGCGGUGAGACAUACUGAGAGACCCUGGGAGUCAGGGAGAGAGGGGCCAGCGGUGAGACAUACUGAGAGACCCUGGGAGUCAGGGAGAGAGGGGCCAGCGGUGAGACAUACUGAGAGACCCUGGGAGUCAGGGAGAGAGGGGCCAGCGGUGAGAUAUACUGAGAGACCCUGGGAGUCAGGGAGAGAGGGGCCAGCGGUGAGACAUACUGAGAGACCCUGGGAGUCAGGGAGAGAGGGGCCAGCGGUGAGACAUACUGAGAGACCCUGGGAGUCAGGGAGAGGGAGAGAGGGGCCAGCGGUGAGAUAUACUGAGAGACCCUGGGAGUCAGGGAGAGAGGGGCCAGCGGUGAGACAUACUGAGAGACCCUGGGAGUCAGGGAGAGAGGGGCCAGCGGUGAGACAUACUGAGAGACCCUGGGAGUCAGGGAGAGAGGGGCCAGCGGUGAGACAUACUGAGAGACCCUGGGAGUCAGGGAGAGAGGGGCCAGCGGUGAGACAUACUGAGAGACCCUGGGAGUCAGGGAGAGAGGGGCCAGCGGUGAGACAUACUGAGAGACCCUGGGAGUCAGGGAGAGAGGGGCCAGCGGUGAGACAUACUGAGAGACCCUGGGAGUCAGGGAGAGAGGGGCCAGCGGUGAGACAUACUGAGAGACCCUGGGAGUCAGGGAGAGAGGGGCCAGCGGUGAGAGACCCUGGGAGUCAGGGAGAGAGGGGCCAGCGGUGAGAGAUCCUGGGAGUCAGGGAGAGAGGGGCCAGCGGUGAGAGAUCCUGGGAGUCAGGGAGAGAGGGGCCAGCGGUGAGACAUACUGAGAGAGCCUGGGAGUCGGGGAGAGAGGGGCCAGCGGUGAGAUAUACUGAGAGACCCUGGGAGUCAGGGAGAGAGGAGACUGUGAGGACAGGAUCAGCUGCGGGAGAGCCUGGGUGUAGCGGAGAGCUGGUAUUUCACAGGUUAAAAAUACCAUAGAGUAAUAAUCCCAGCAAGCGAGGUAAUCCACAAAUAUUCCCAUACAGAUCCCAAUGACUGGACGACACACCGCAUCUGGAGCAGAACUGACUUUUAAUCCACACAACCUCCUUAUAAAGCAUUCUCCCAUGCAGGGGAUGGAUUCACCAUAAUUAGUACAGUAACCAUUAAUGUCACAGUUACCUCCCACACCUCCUCCCCUCAGUGUGACACAUAAUCCCAUUAAACAUGCUGUAGUUUUCCCCGAGUUCUGGAUGUACCCCAAAACAGUUAGGUACAAUUGGCUAUGUGGCGUAUUGUAGGUGGAAGGGGCAAUUUGACGGUCUCCGUUCGGGAGGUAAAAUACACAUAAUUACAUGACAUCCACUACUAACAUUGUAUUUGCAUUGAAUCCUCUUGUUCGGUACUUUUAACUCACCGAACGGGGGGCUGAUUAGCCUUUCCGUUCGGGAGUUACGGAGCUCUGGAGGUCUCAGCGGUGUUCGGGUAAUUGAGUGUCCGAUUUGAGUUCCAGACACUCAACAACCAAACACCGCUGAGAUUUUCGUUCAUAAGAUGGCCGCCGCCACGUGUUCGUAUGCCGAAUGGCGGCCACCCAGGUACAUGCACAAAGUACCAAUUAACCUGCGGUUAGAGAAGUGUGAAAGCCUAAUAAGGUGCACACUUAUCUCUGGGGUGGUCUACUGGUUCGGUAGUUUUCAUUCGUAUGGGAUACGGAUGAAAACUACUGAACAAUCAUAGGAAUACUACAUACACUUUUAACUAUACAGGAGAAUAAACAUACAAAUUGCAGUUUUAACACAGUCUUUUAAGACAGCUGUAAUAACAUCCGCUACACUGGGGUUAGAUGGUGUGAGUGCGGGGGUGGUCAAUGGAUGGUUUGGUUAGAUAGGCAGCAUCGCUACAGAGAGUGGGUGUAGAUUGGGGACAUGGCGAUGGUAAUAGUAUUGUAUCUAUGAUACUUUUAUAAUGUCACAAUGUCUGAUUUUUGCCUUCUCAGUUCCUGCCUCUGCUGCAGCGGCGGCUCCAUCAGAAGGCUCCCUAUCCAAUGGAGUGUACCUGCCCCCAGGUGUGACUAAUGGGGACAUCAAACCUGUCAUUUCAAAUACGCCUUUAGUGGAUUUCUUGAUGCAGUUGGAAGACUACACACCAACUGUAAGUGUAAAAUAAUCUAACAUGGCACUGCUACUGAUUUAAUACCUUAAUGGUGGGUACCAUACACUGUACUUUUACGUCACUAAUAUAAUUCAUCAAUCUUGAGACAUCUGAGAAUACUGCACUACAUCAAAAUAAGGCUUGAUUGGCCCCUAGACAGUCAGCUUGUUUCUCACACUGUAUUUCGAUUGGCAUUAGUUUAAAUGUGCAGGGAUCUGAGCGGAACUUUCCUCAUCGUGGGCUCAGAUCCCCGCUAUGCAACUAGAGGUAAUUCAGCUCGGUCACCCCAAUAUUGCAAAUAUUACAGAAUUUAAUGUAAAAAUAUAACUUUGGCUGUCCAGAGAGAUAAGAUGACUAACAGUGAAUGCUUAUCUCUCCUGUAUAGCAAUGGAUGGUGGGAAGCUGCUGCUUUGUAACCUAAGUUCCCCACGUAGUCCACUAUUGUAAAACCCUUGCAAAGUCAUUUUGAAAACCCCUUGCAUGGGGAACCACAUAAAUAGUGUGAACUGUGAAUAAAAGCUCAGUUGACUCCCAGCCUAUGUGUCGUCUAGUUCUUGAUAAGAAGGGAUUAUUGUCACGCUACCUGGAUUAUUGUAUACUGUACCUGUCUACCAGUGGAGAUUCUGUGGAUUAUACUACCUCUCCGCUACAUUUAUUUUUUUUGUAACUGUUCUAUUGACAAUCUGUUGCUCCUUUGCAAAGGGGAUGAAAAUUCACUUCGGAAUAUGUUUACACUGAUGAAUGUGAUCUAAUCUUGAGGUUCAUGUUGAGUUUUACAUAUUCAGGUAUCAAUACAUCAACAAAUACCUUUGCUGGUAAUACAUUUCUUAAUGCUGCCUCUAGUCACCCAAAAUAUCUUAUCUAGUCUGUACCUGUUGGUCCUUUUUGAUCUUAGCUUGUGACUUGAGAUUUUUAGAGCGGGAAUACUGUGAAAAUGUUGAGCUUCUCUCCUAUAGGCCAAGUUUAAUUUCCAGUAGUUAUAAGAACAAGGAAAUUGAGAAUUUUGGCAAAAGAUAAUUCUUUACCUUCAUUUAGUUCAGUUUGAACAGGUUAAGUGAAUUGUCUGGAAACAUUUAAGAGGAUUGACUAACGACUCCUUGAGACUUUGGUAGAGGGUAAUAAUGCGUUUCUAGAUACUCUAAUACUUUUGGAAAUAUUCUCUCACCUAGUCCUUUCUUCUCUAGCCAUUAGCAUAGACCUGAAGGGCUAUUCAAAUGUGGUAUGUUUAAGUGUGGGGUUAAAUCCUGUUUAAGUUGUGGUCUUGUUAAAGUGCCCAAUGUUUCUUCAUCUGGCGUCACUGGUAAAGUGUGUAAUAUAAGGUGCUUGAUUAAUUGACAUUCCACACGUGAUUUAUUUACAUACCUGCACUAAGUGCGAUAUGUCCAACAGACUUCAAGGUCUCUGGGGAAAUAAAGGAGCAGGGUUCAUGUUCUUGAUUAAAGGACCACUUUAGGGACCCAGACCACUUCAGCUUAAUGAGGUGGUCUGGGUGCCUGGUCCAGGGUUUAACCCUUUUUUCUAUAAACAUAGCAAAGAAACUGCUAUGUUUAUAUUAGGGUUAAUCCAGCCUCUAGUGGCUGUCUCACAGUGAGAAGACACCAGCGUCCAUAGGAAAGCAUUGUGAAGGCUUUCCUAUGAGACUGGCUGAAUGUGCGCGUGGCUCUUGCCGCGCAUGCACAUUCAGGCGAGGAGGAGGAGAGCUCCCCGCCCGGCGCUGGAGGGGGACCCCUUCCUUCCCCCAGAGCCCAGCGGGAGGGGGACCCUGAGCCAGGAAAACAAGUGUAUUUUGCUUGCAGUAUAGUGGUCCAUUUAAGUCACAGUUAAAAAAUAACACUUAUGUCUAAACCUUUUCAUAUGUGUAACAGUUCUGAUCUGAGAUAAUCUACAGUUUUCUGAAAUUUAGAAGUUGUAUGUGUCUGUUUGGGGUGGAAAUAUUAGGCAUUGUUUAUUUAAACUACCAGGAAGUCAAUGGAUUUUUUUAAAUUUGAAAACUAGAAAACCUGUGUGAUCCGUCCUGCGUUUGAUGUUCUUUGUUUUGCAGGCGAAUUGUGUGAUUCAUCACUGUCAGUUUUAUUUACAAAAGAUGUAUUUAUUUUGGAUUGCAGCUUUUAUUGAAGACCAUCAAGUAACAGCGUUACAUUGUUGCCUUUUUUUGUAUUAGAGAGAUUGCUGAAAUUUCGUGUUUUGUUAUCUCCCAACAAAUAGGCAUAUUGAGUAUGGACCAUUAACGGGAAAAUUAGUUACUUUUAAAUUCAGCAGAAAUGGGGAUGAAAUAACUGAAAAGACUCAGACACUCUAAAUGGCCCAAGAUGUCUUGUUAUGCAAAUGAUAAGGGUAAAGUACAGUUGGGUUUUAGAUUUUGUUCUGGAAGGAACUUGGGCCAAAUAAAAAUGUAAAACUGAGAUUGGCAUGCCUAGAACAAUCUAAUAACUGCCACACAGGUCUUGGUGUAGAGUAUUGCAGUACUCCGUGGUAAUGAAGUAAAUAUUCAUUGCUGGUGUUUCCCACAUUGUAUUUAUAUUAAAAGAAACAAAACGCAGACCUGAUUAUGGUUUUUCCCUGUUUGUAUUUUCCCAGAUUCCAGAUGCAGUAACCGGGUAUUACUUGAAUAGGGCAGGCUUCGAAGCCUCUGACCCACGCAUGUAAGUCUUGUUUGUUCUUGGUGAUGUAUAAUCUGAGCAUUGUGCUGACACCUGCUAAUAACUAAGGUAAUAACGGAAACUUCCUGAAAUCAGAGCCUUUAGAUUUCAGAAUGAAAGUAGUCCUACUGGUAAUUAAUGAGCAGGUUUAAUCAAUAAAUCAGAGAAGGGAGUUAUAAAUAUUAUAGCAACUCUGAUUUCAAAUAUUGCCACCUUUAGCUGUGCACAGGCUCCUGACAGAAUGCAUCAGUCUUUCUGUCUCUAACGCUUUGUACAAAGUUCUACCGUUUUAGGUGUAAUUAUAUAAAUAAUAGAUUUUAUUUUUUUAUUUUCUUAGCAUCAGACUCAUCUCCUUGGCGGCACAGAAGUUUAUCUCUGAUAUUGCGAAUGAUGCCUUACAACACUGCAAAAUGAAAGGAACUGCUUCAGGGAGCUCACGCAACAAAAGCAAGGUGAGCCGUCAUGAUAAUAAAUUGGGGGAAAGCAGCUAAGAUUUCUGUAUAGGUCAACCCACUUCACACACCUUUAGAACUCCAAUUUGCUCGGAGGUCCUAGUUGUCUAAUUUUCAAAAGAAAUCAGCACAUUAAUAAAAUGGUUUGCAAACCCCUGUUGACUGUCUGGCUGACAGAAUGCCUUGCUUCCACACUCAGCUUGAACAAGUGUUCAAGCGGCAAUGAGUUUGCAGGGUAAAAACUGUAAUUGCAAAACAAGCACCCUGCAAUUACUAAAGCUACCAGACACCCAAACACAUGGGACUGAGCUCCUGUUUGUCAGACUGAAAUGUUUGGUGUGCUGAUCCUCGAGAUCCUGGGUAUCUAGUGCAAUGAGAAGCCCUGGGCAAAACGUGGAGGGCUAAGUUUUCAUUAAUCUACAAAAAAAAGUUUGAAUCUUACAUUUUUUUCCAGUGCCAUGCGGGUCUCCCGGAGCUAGCUCCGCCCAUAGGAAAAACAUUGGAUUGGCUGAGAUUGCCAAGUGGCCUGGCCAAUCAGCAUCUCUAUGAAGAAAGUUCAGUGUCUCAAUGCAGAGGGUGGAUACAUUGGAUGUCAGUCACAUUGUGCAGCACUGCCCCAUGAAACACCUCUAGCAGCCACCUGGGGAGUGGCCACUGGAGGUGUCCCUAGGCUGUAAUGUAAACACUACCUUUUAUUUGGAAAAAACUAUGUUUGCAUGAAUAUGCCUGCCGAGACUCUCUAUCCUCACCAGAACAAAUACAAUCAUCUGUAGUUAUUCUGGUGACUAUAGUGUCCCUUUAAAGGAAAGCACAUGGUUAUGGUAUAAAUAGGGAUUCAAUAAAAUAAAUUUCUUCCACUACUUUAGCUGAUGUUGCUGCUAUAUAGAGCCGCUUUGAAUGAUACAGUUGCCUCACUUUGCUGAACAAAAAGCAAGUAAAUAUGAUUUCUUUUUCACAUUACAUGUUUCUUCUUUCUUACACUUUCCACACCCACUCGGGGGAGAGGCACUGAUCUAACCAAUCAGUGUCCAAUCCCUAGGAAUGCUGUAAAAGUGCAUUGGUCAUGCCAUGUGAAGUUGGAAGAUCUCUUCACUUUUCAACAUCCUGACAGAGUCUGAUUAGUGUGAUCAUGCAGAGCUCCGGUGUUGGGUUUCUCUCUAUUGAUGUAUUGUGGUGCCCUGUUUCUGUCAUUUGUGGACUGGUCUCAAACUGAGCUGGGUUUGGGGUAGGGGGGCUGAAGAAACUCCCCUAGCUAAGAGGCAUGCCCAAUAAUGCAAUGUGACCAAGUUCAUGAAAUGUUUAUUACAUACUUAGCAAAGUUUUCCUUGCUGUAUUUUUAUUCUUUGUUUGUAAUUGUUUUACUUUCUGGCUUAAAAAUAUAAUUUGUCAAUUGAUGCAUGUCCCUUUUUAAAAUUGUCAAACAAUAAUAAGAACAAGCAUAGGUUUAUAUACAGGUACAACACAUCGAAAGGUGUAAAACAGAUUACAAAUGUAAUGGACUAAGCAAUACUGGAAAGGUUUUGUUUUUGUGGAACUGUCCGUGAGGAGUUGGCAUCCAGGGUGCAGCAGCUACAUUCAUCCUGUCUAAUAAAUAGCAAUACUAUUAAAGGGUUUGUCCGAGCUCCAUGUCUAGGAUUUCUCUGCACAAACAUACCCCUUAGCUGUUGAAAAUGGUACUCUGCUUCUGGCAGCGUCAUUAGGUAGCCUAGAGCAAAGUUCAGGGCUGGCUAAUGUCAGUUCUGUGUAAAAUUGGUGUCUGACAACAGCGCACUCCGCAAAUUACAGCGACCUGCUGGUAGAAUGUUAGUAGUACAGAGUAUCUGCAUUAUGAGAUGAUAUAAUUAGUAUCCAAGUGUCAGGAGUCAGAUUUCAUUCUGGUAAAGAUGUAGUGUUAUGAGUGAGCCCACUCAAUGUUUACUCACAGUAAGAGGACAUUUUGGGGGAAGUGAUCUUUAACAGACUCCAAAAUGAAAUCAGGGGGUGACAAAUUCUAAUUUCUGUUACCGUUCGGAUUAUCGUUUUGCUGCACUUCUCAUACUACUGUUUUAGGAGUUUUAUUUUUAAUAUUUCUUAUUUACUUGGUUCAUAGGACAAGAAAUACACACUGACUAUGGAAGAUCUUACCCCAGCUCUGGCUGAAUAUGGCAUUAAUGUAAAGAAACCUUAUUAUUUCACCUAGUUCUUGAGGUGUGGGACUGUACAUCUCUUUUGCUUUCCUCCAAUUAGCCUGAUAUUGUGCUGGGGCUAACAUGCAGUGGAGGCUGUAGAAUUACCUUGUACACUGAACAUGCAUGGACUGGUUUAGAGCUGGAGAGGUGGCUGAUGCCUUCACAUAUUGUGCUGCAGAAAAACGCGUAAGUAACAUUUCCUCGAAGAUGGGAAGAAGUGUUUAAAAAUCAGUUGUCAUGAAUGAAUGUUGUGACAUGCACUCAGUUCCAUGAAUCUUUGGGAGCCUUCCACAGCAGCCAGGAAAAGCUUUGUGUUUUUUGUUUUUUUGUUACAUUGUAAAUAGCAUUGUUCCUGUGUUAUUAGAUUUUAAUUAAUGUGUUUUGUUUGCUGUAUAAUGUUGCAGUAUCACAGAUUUUCAAUAAUCCUUUUGUUCCCCAGUGAAAUGGAGCAUCACAUACUAUUUGCUGUUCAUUGUGUUACAUGAUUUUGUACUGCUGUCAAUAAAAGGAGACUCUACCCUAUGCUUAAUAGACCAGAACGUUUAACUUCCCCAUAUUAAUAUACACUAUAAACACCCCAACUACUGCUGCUUAUUGUAAUGAUGCAAGGUGCCCUUUGUCAAGACUGCCAUGAUAUUGCAGGAUUUGCCGAACGCCAGUGUUGUGAUGUUCACAUGGCCUCAUGCCUCCUCCCAUAGGAUAUACAACUGGAUACAAAAAAGCUUUUCUAAGUAGGAGGCAUCAGAUGAAAGUGCAAGGGCUGUACUUCAGGACGCUGUCUCUGAAUGGUGGCCGCAUAAUAUGGGUUUACUCACCAUAAGGUUAAUGCAUUAGUAGAGUUUGCUGAUUAUCAAACAUUGAGAACUACCAGUUCCCCGUUGACCUACCUAUUUUAGUAAGAGCAUACAGGGCUUGCCUUUGGCUGGUUAUCUCUAUAUUGGGGUUCUUCACUAAAUGAAAAAUCAAAGUCAAAAUAGCUGAACUGGAAAAAUUGUCAUAUGUUUUCGGUUUGUCUACUCUGGCCUUAAAUUUGGAAUUCUCACGUGGUGAAUAACCCUGUAUAUCUCACAUCAACAUUAAAACCAAAUUGCAAAAUGGCCAAGGUUCUAUUAUAGUGGGGAUUAUUUCCAAAAAGGCAUCAAAUCUGUUAUUUAGAUUUUUUUUUUUUUUUUUAAGUAAAUAAAUUCUGCAUUUUUCUUUCAUAAAACUACAUCAGCUAAAUAAAACAAUCUUUAAAAUA